UAAUAUAUUAUACCGAACUGAUAUAUGUAUUUCGUCGGUAGUCAGUCAGUAACAAUACUGCGUCAGAAAUUCUUUUCCGUUACCGGAAAGAUAAAUACACUGUAGCCGGCUGCGAUAUGGUGUUAGUGAGGGCCACAUGGAAUAAAAUGCAGACACGCAUUGGUUGUGUUUUAUACAACCUUGCUUCCUAUUGGUUGAACCUCGUGGGUCUUAUCGGAUUACUUGACUAUGACUACGUGGCGUUGCCAUACUGCGAUGUUGGGUCUACCAAAGUUUCAGUUUUCUGUGUUACGUUGAAUUGAAUUGAAGAGAAAAAGUAAUAGCAUGCGUUUUUACUUUCUUAUCUAUUAGCUAGAAAUAAUUAUUUUUGUAAUUAUUAUAUUUAAAAAGUCAAUUUAUAAUCAUAAUAGUGGGGAUAGAAUAUGUAUUUGGCAACAUUGGGAUUACGUCAUCUGAUGCAACUUUGUUUACUUAUGUUAUUCACAUAUUUUGCAGAUUUAAUAUUGUUUCUUCAUGUUGUUUGAUAAAAGUUUCGUCCUUUUUUAUUUUUUUUAAUUUUAUGUAAUCUGGAAAAAAAUCUCUAUAUUUGAAGUUUGAAGAUCUAUAAUUUUUUCUUAAGAAUCCAUGAAUUUAGAAGAUGGCGCCACAUAUGCAACGAGACUACCACAACAUUGGAGAUCCAAGUAGAUACUCAUUGAGGACAUUUAGGCAUGGUGAAAAACAUUGUCUACAAUAUCACAAUUUUGAUGUAUCGAAAGUAAAUGGAAAAGAAGAUUUUUUUCGUUGUAUGGGUCUUCAAAUGAAAAGAUAUCAGUACAAAUACAAAAUGCCAAAUAGUGAUCAUAAGGUUAAAAAAAUUAAUAUUCCCACUGGUGUAACAUUACGUGAUUGCCGUGUUAUUAUCCUGGGGGCGACAUGUGAACUAUGCGGGAAGUGUUUUAAAUGUAAAACAGAUUUGAAUGUACAUAACUCAUUAAAACAUCAAACACGUGAAAAAAUUCAUAUAGCUAUAAAAGGGACACAAUGUAAUGAAAACGAUAUUCAUGUGUGGGAAGAAAUUCCAAAAUCUUUAAAUUAUACAACAAGUGAGUCUAGUAAAAAUUUUAUAACAAAACUACAUAAAAAGUUACAUUUAACUUUAAAAAUAGGAAAAGAAGUUAUCUCUAAGAUAUCGGUAAAGCGGAAACAUUUAAAAAGAAAGAAAAUUGACAUACAUACACAAACUGAGCUACAUUGUGAAAGUGAAUUAAUUACAGGUGAGAAUGAGUAUGAAAGUGUCGUUUCUCGUAUCGAUCCUUCUGUGUUCUGUAAUAGUCCUUGUCUACAUUGCAACUCCUGUAUACACGUGGUAGAAAGUUCGAAUCGAUAUGUGGCUGGCAACAUUGUAGCAGAUAAGCAAGUAGUUUAUGGAAACGGUAUAAUGCAAGAAGAAAAUCAUAUUUCGAAUAGACUAUCAUGUGCAACAUGCGCAAAAGAAAAGUGUAGCGUUGUUCAUGAAUGCAUUUCUUCAUCACAUGUGAAAUAUGUUCAUAAUAAAACAAAAGAUGAGCUACAAAAUAAUAAUUUAUCAGAAAGUACAGAUGUUUCGUCAAAACCAACUAGACAAAUUUGUCUGCAAAAUAAAAACGAAAAUAAGAAAGAAACAGACAUUAACGCAAAUCAGAUACGAAAAGAUUUUAUUAUAAAUGAGAUAGAAAAAUAUGCAUCUGAAAACUUACAGGAUAUUUCUAAUAGAAUACAAGUAAUAGUGCCAUUAAUUAUGCCAAUAAUCGUGCCAAAUACAAAUGUUUCAAGUUCACCUAUUAAAUUAACAAUACAAUCAGUGCCAAUAGAACAAGAAGAACAACAGCAAUCAUUGCAACCAGAACAACAAAUGGAAGAAGAACAACAUUAUCUUCAAGAACAGUCGCAAGAAAAACAAAAACAAUCGCAACAAUAUUCACAGCAACAACAUUUAGAACAAGACCGACAAGUGAAACAAAAACAAGAACAAUUGCAGCAAAAACAAUCGCAACAAUGUUCACCACAACAACAACAACAACAACAACAACAAAAAAUAAAACAAGAACAACAGCAACAUCUGCAACAAAACCAUCAAAUGAAACAAGAACAACAACAUCUACAAGAUCAGCAAAUGAAGCAAGAACUACAUCUGCAACAAGAUCAGAAAGUGAAACAAGAACAACAGCAACAUCUGCAACAAAACCAUCAAAUGAAACAACAAUAUCUCCAGGAACAAUUGCAAGAACAACAAAGUCAGCAUCAACAAUUACUACAAGAAGAGGAAAUGAAGCAAGAUCAGCAGCAAUAUCUACAAGAAAACCAUCAAAUGAAACAAGAACAACAGCAACAUCUCCAGGAACAAUUGCAAGAACAACAAAGUCAGCAUAAACAAUUACUACAAGAAGAGGAAAUGAAGCAAGAUCAGCAGCAGUAUCUACAAGAAAACCAUCAAAUGAAACAAGAACAACAGCAACAUCUCCAGGAACAAUUGCAAAAACAACAAAACCAACAUAAACAGCUACUAGAAGAAGAGCAAAUGAAGCAAGAUCAACAAGAUCUACAGCAACAACAACACCAACUUAAAAAAAUUUCUGUUCUUACUAUCAAAGAUGAUGUUAAUAAUGAAAUAGAAGAAGUAUUACGAAUUGUUAGAGGACGUAUCACUAAUGCAGAGAUCAAUCAUGAAUCACCAACUCGAUUCGAACAAGAGAUGUUAAUACAAGACGCCAUUAGAGAUAUGAAGAGAAUGGAAGCGCAAGGCUGGCACUUGUUGGAAAAGAAAAACGGCUCCACGAUGAAAAGGAAACGGAAUAUAAAAUCUAAUAUCAAAUGUAAUACAAGUAAUACAAAUGAUGAAUGUGCCAAAAGAAAGAAAAAUAUCGUAACUGAAUCAAAUACAGAAUCAAAAUAUAGAAAUUUAAACAAAGAAAAAUAUAUUUCAAAUGCAAAGGAACAUACGAAAAUACAAACUAAUAAUAAUAUAGUAUCAUUGUGUGCAUCGGAUAAUACAAAAGAAAAUUUAAUGACAUGUAAUGAAAAUAUCAAUACAACAUCUGAAAUAUUGCGACAAUAUAAUAUUAAUUAUUGCAAUGAUAUAUUCGAGAUAAAGAACAAUACGGAGAAUAAUCGAGAAUCUAUUAGCCGAUUUCUUGCCCCCUGUUCCGAUGGAAUGGAAAAUAACGUACCGGUCGUAAUAGAUCUAGUCAACGGUACCGAUGAAUAACAAUGGAAACGGAAAUGAUGCGUCCGGUGAAUGAUGAUAGCUUUAUAAAAAUGAUAUUGAA